ACAAGCGUACUGCACUGCAGCUCUAGAGUCCUAGACAGAGCAAGAAGUGAGCGUGUACAAUGGCAUCUCACAAUGCUAGUGUUAGUGUCCCAGAGAUGGCGUCGGGUUUCCAUCCGACUGUAUGGGGUGACUUCUUCAUCGACUACAGUCCACAGCCAUCGCAGAAGUCGGAGGAGUGGACAGCAGAGAGGAUGAGCCAGCUAAAGGAGAAAAUAGCUGGGCUAUUCGGAGCCUGCACGACGACAGCCGAGCAACUCAACCUAGUGGACACGCUCCAGCAUCUAAGCAUAGACCACCAUUUCAGCACCCAGAUCCUCUCCGUCCUCACUAGCGCCCACGCCGCGGAAGAACUCAACAGCGGCGGCGCCUGUCUCCACGACGUCGCCCUUCGGUUCCGCCUGCUGCGGCAGCAAGGGUUCUGGGUGUCUCCAGAGGUAUUCGACCGGUUCAGAGACGAAAACGGGAGCUUUGACGUCGGCGUGGCAGACGACGACGCGAGGGGGCUGCUGAGCCUAUACAACGCGGCUUACCUUCUCACCCAUGGAGAGGCAGAGCUCGAGGAGGCUGCAUUGUUCGCCAGGCAGCGUCUUGAGUCCAUGUCCAUGAGAGGUAGCCUUGAGUACCCGCUGGCCCAGCAGGUGAGCCGAGCGCUCCACCUGCCACUGCCGCGGACGGUCAGAAGAGUCGAGACUCUGCAUUAUGUCUCGGAGUACGGAGGAGACCCGACGCAUGAGCAUGAGCAUGACCCCUCCGUUCUGGAGUUCGCCCGGCUGGAUUUCGAGCUCUUGCAACGUCUCCACGUGAAGGAGCUCAAGGCUCUUUCUAGGUGGUGGAAAGAUCUCUACAACGAAGCUGGAGUGACCUACUCGCGGGACCGCGUGGUGGAGUGCUACCUGUGGUCUUACACGGCGUACUACGAGGAAGAACACGCGAGGGCGAGGAUGAUCCUCGCUAAGAUGAUCGCGCUGAUAAUCUUGACGGACGACACCUACGACGUCCGCGCUACUCUGGAGGAGUGUCGAAGGUUCGAUGAAGCUAUACAGAGAUGGGACGAGAGCGCUGUUUCUCUCCUGCCGGACUACCUGAAGAAGUUCUACCUCAAGCUGAUGAACAUCUUUGAGGAGUUUGAGGACGAGCUGGAACCACAUGAGAAGUGCAGGGUCGCUUUUAGCAGAAAAGCGUUUCAAACAUUAUCGAGUAAUUAUCUCCAAGAAGCGGAAUGGUUUCAUGGCCGUUACAAGCCAAGAUUCGAAGAUCAGGUAAAGGUAUCCACUGUGUGCUCAGGCGCUCCAUUCGCAGCUGUUGGGUUACUAGUUGGCAUGGGAGGUGAUGUAGCAACCCAGGAGGCACUUGAGUGGGCAAUGGGUUGCACGGAUGCUGUCAAGGCUUUCGCAGAGGUCACACGCUUCAUGAAUGACCUUGCUUCGUAUAAGCGUGGAAAGAACAAAAACGACGUGGACAGCUCGGUCGAAUGCUACAUCAGUGAGCAUGGCGUCACAGCUGAGGUUGCCUUUGCACAGAUAAGCUCCCUGAUUGAAGAUGCAUGGAAAACUAUAAACGGAGCACGCUUUGAGAACAGCAAACUACUUCCAGCAGUGCAGCGAGUUGCCGACAUAACCGCCAGCAUGCCGUUGAUGUACGGUGACAACAAGGACGCGUUCACGUUCAGCGACGGUCUAAAGGGGCUCAUCGAACGCCUGUUUCUCAACAGGCCAUAAAACGAGUUUCGUCUUUAGUCUGAAUAUCGAGAGAUGUGCUGAAAAGAGUAGCCCCCCUAGUAAGCUUUGUCUAGUCAUCGUUAGUCUGGAUACCAUGUGAUCUCAGAUGCUUAUACUUCUGGUCCGCAUUUGUCAGUUUUGCCGCCUCUGUCAAACCCCUCGCAGCCACCAUCUUCAGAAUAUCGACACCCUCUCUCACGGCUGAAUCGAUCUAGGUUGUAGCAAAAGAUGCAAUCAUGAUAAGCUCUGGUUGUUACAGUACAUCAAAUAAAGAUAACUUGUUUGAAUUUAAAUAUUCUUGUGCAAAACUAUAGAUUGUUGCAAUACGAUGAUAAUAAAUUCU